UCUUUUCUAAUUUUACAGGCUUGGUAUUGAAAGCCAGAAAUGGGUCGUGUUAUUCGUGCACAACGUAAAGGCGCUGGGUCCGUCUUCAAGGCCCAUGUUAAGAGGCGUAAGGGAGCCGCUAAAUUGAGACCCCUCGAUUUCUCCGAACGUAAUGGAUACAUCCGUGGUGUUGUUAAGGAGAUCAUCCACGAUCCCGGCCGUGGCGCUCCAUUGGCUGUCGUACACUUCCGUGACCCCUACCGCUACAAGAUCCGCAAGGAAUUGUUCAUCGCCCCUGAGGGUAUGCAUACCGGCCAAUUCGUAUACUGCGGCCGCAAAGCCACAUUGCAAAUCGGUAAUGUAAUGCCAUUGUCCGUGAUGCCUGAAGGUACCAUCAUUUGCAACUUGGAGGAAAAGACCGGAGAUCGUGGCCGUUUGGCGCGUACAUCUGGUAACUACGCCACCGUGAUUGCCCACAAUCCUGACACCAAGAAGACUCGCGUUAAGCUGCCAUCUGGUGCCAAGAAAGUUGUGCCCUCUGCCAAUCGUGCUAUGGUUGGUAUUGUUGCCGGUGGUGGUCGUAUCGACAAGCCCAUCUUGAAGGCUGGUCGUGCAUACCACAAAUACAAGGUGAAACGUAACAGCUGGCCUAAGGUGCGUGGUGUUGCUAUGAAUCCCGUUGAGCAUCCUCACGGUGGUGGUAACCAUCAACAUAUUGGUAAAGCUUCCACAGUUAAGCGUGGAACAUCUGCUGGUCGCAAGGUCGGUCUCAUCGCUGCCCGUCGUACCGGUAGAAUACGUGGUGGUAAGGGCGACACCAAGGACAAAUAAGCUGGAACUUAACAACAAUCCGGGUUUAGUUGAAGGGAGUGAAUAUUGUAAUAGUGAGAAUGUGUAUUUGUUGGUGGAUUUAAAAUGGAUUCGCAUUUACACAGAAAAAAUAAAAAUAUUUUUAUUUUAAAAUGAAA